AAACCCGUUAGUCAGUUUCUGCAGCAGCAGCUGCCACGUGAGGGUCUCAGCUCCUUCUACCACAAGGAAAAUGUAUAUUUAAGCAUCUGUCACAUGUUCAAGAAGGCCGGAUUUGCUGUGUGGUGUCCAGGAAGGGUCAUGGCGAGUGACGGAAGUGUGUGAGAGAUAGUUCAGGGUAAUGCUUCUGGUGGACGCUAAAACAAGUGUUGAUGAGGCAGUAGUUAGUGAGCCAGAGAUCAUGUUACCUCACACGAAACAAACUUCAGUUAUAUUUGAUAGUUAAUCAAUUGUCUUCUCCAGGAGAUGCAAUUACUGAAAUGUCAAUGGGAUAUAUUUAAUUUCAAAUAUAUGAUGGCCGCAACACUCCUUGUUGAGUGACUGACAGGAGCUAAGGACAGUGAUAUGUUUUCAUUGAUCUUAGGAAACAAACUCGUGUCAUAGCGUAAUAUAAGAAAAAAAAGGACAUUUUCAGUGCAUAGGAAAAGUUGAGAAUCGAGUUUACGCAUUAAACACAAAAUUAAUAAUUUUUCCAAAGAGGUUCUACACACUGGUCAAAUAAAAUUCUUAGAACUAACGAGAAAACAAAUUAAUGUAUUAAAAAUAAACUAUUGCAAAACUAUUAAAAGUCAGUUAUAUUAAUUAGUGGCCAUAUUUUGAAUUCACUGAACUAUUGGUACAAAAUAGUUAUUUAACAGCCUUGCCAAACAUUCCAAUUAAAGCCAAAAUUUUAAAAUAAGUCUCCAAAUAUCACUAAAUAAUCAUGACAUCUAUUGAUGAGUUGGUGCGCGAAGCUGAGGAAACAAAGUUUGAAGUGAGUGUGGAGAGUGAGCUGGAAGGUCUCCUGCACUCCCUGGAUACUUUCCAGCAAGAGUUGACCUGGAAGCUGCAACACAUCCAAGACACACAAGAACACAGGACACCAGCUCGAGGCAGGGAAGGACAUGGAAUAUCUGGGGUUGAAAGGGAGUUAGAGAGAGCUGUAUUUCAAGGCUGUAGUGACCAGAGGCUAAAUAUUGGAGUUAAGAUGCAAGACAAAGAGGUUAGGAGGGUUAAAAAUGAGUCUCCAGGCGAGACAAUGAGUAGCAGGGACCAGAAUGAGGGAGGUCAAGAUGAGGGAAAUGAGGCUGGAGAUAAUUAUGUAGCAGGUGAUGACGGUGAUAGAGGUGAUGAUGGUGGUGGAGACGACGUAAGUGGUAAUGAUGAUGACGGUAGUGGUGAUGAGGAGAUGAAGGCUCAAAGAUCCCUGGCGGAGACGCUGCAGGAACUAACUUCACUCAACGUCCAGCUGGAAGACCACAACGUCACCAGCGGGUACCAAGAGCGCCGAGCCUCUCGUCCGAGGAUAGUGUCAUCCGUGGUGAAGGCUAGACCGUCCCUACACACCAUCUCAGUAAGUACUGAAGGCAGUAAUGACAGAUCUUCUCUGGAACUCCAUGAAGACCUUAACAGGUGGUCCCAGAUGGAAGGACCAGUGCAAGACCUCCAACCAGUGCCUACACCCAACAGGAUCAAGUUUGAUAUUAAAGCUCUCGAUCGGGCGCUGUCUAAUCUCCUCAGGAUGACCGGGGAGCCUAUGGACCCACAAAUGUGGGAAGGCUCCACCCACACACUGACAGACGUCCCUUCCACGCCUCCGCCCACACCUGCAAGUUACGUCCACGACAACGAAGAAUAUCUUCCCCCGCCCAGAAUCGUGAUGGGGCCACCCCCGCCCAAGCCACCCAGGGUAAAGAUUCCCAUCAAUGAGGCUUUAAAAGACCAAAGAACACAUCUCUCAAAAUCGAUGGGGAACCUCACGCAGGAGAUCUACUUCAGUGACCACGACAACAGCUCUCAAAACCACCAUUCGCCCCUCUCAGCUCGAGUUCUCGGUUCUGAAACUUCUUUGAACCACCACCCAACCCUCUCAGCUCACACCGCUACCUCGGGUGAUGGCGUGGAAGCAAGUGAAAGAAAGCAGAAUAUUUUCCUCUUCGCCUUCAGAGGGAAAGGGAUGAGGGAUCGCGUCCGUGAUUUCACGAAGAAGAAGAAGGCCAAACGAAUCAAGAGUGUGGACAUCAGCGAACCUCAGGACUUCAGACACCUAAUAGGGUCGGCACUGACAAAACAAGAUGCCGGGCAGGAGAAUGAGAACAAUUCACGAAAGAGAUUCGAAGAGAUUCUUGUCUGGAAAUCACCGGAAAUGAUGCCCGAACUUAAAGUCUUGAGCCCAACAGAAAUGACAGCAACAGACGAAACGGACUCAGGUUUAACUGCUGCAACAGGCGACCCGGACUCAACAGACGAGAUGUACUCAACAGAUAAUAGUGAUUCAACAGACGAUACAGCAACAGAGGACACUGACUCAACAGAAGGUGCGGCAACAUAUGAAACUGAUUUAAUAGAAGCUGCGGCAACAGACGACGCUGAUUCAACGGGAGCUACAGCAUCAGACGACGCUGAUUCAACCGAAGUUACGGCAUCAGACGACGCUGAUUCAACCGAAGCUACGGCAGCAGAAGACACUGACUUAACACAAGCUACGACCAUAGCCCACGCUGCCCUGACUAGAGCUACAACAGAAAUUACAGCAACGGACAACACUGGCUCAAUGAGCAACAAGGCAACAGACGACAGUGACGCAACAGAAGCUACGACAACAGACAACAGGACCGAGACCAAUACAUGACACAACAAAUGCAAUAAAAUAUUGCUAGGUACAAAAGAAAGCCACUAACAUGAGGUGUAUUAACAUACAGUAUCGAGAUACAACUGUAUACACGUGCUGUAGGAGUUAAUUAUAUCAGGAUUCACAGAUAUUACUUAUAAUUGACCCAAUUAAGGGUCUUUUUUCAACACUGAAAUCACUAGGCUGUGUUCAACACUGCAUCCAGUCAUUCCUUGGAAUUAUUCUACAACACACAAAUUUCAACAGAAAUUAUACAUUAUAAUAUAUAUGUAUGUAUGUAUAUACUGAUUGUGCAACCUUGAAGAAGGUAUACACUCCGUGUGGUGUAUAUACACCGAAAGAUGGGCACCUCUUGGUGUAUGUAAGAUGAGAAAUACACACCUCUUGGUAUGUAUACGCUGAGAGAAACAUCCUUCGGUUAGUAUACACAAAGUAUACUCCAGGUAUACUCCCUCAGUGCAUACACAUUGCAGUUGCAUAGUUGUAUUCAUACAAGUGCCCACAGGGUAUAUCCUGUUGCAACACACUGACCAGCUUCUCCAAUAUAUAUAUAUAUAUAUAUAACAA